CAGGAAAUGAAACUUAAAGUGAGUCAGAGCCCAAACACUGCAGAGCACGAGUUUCCUUUACUUUCUUGAGAGACAGCUUCAGGUUUACAGCUGAAACAAGACCGGGACCUCUGCAUUUAACCAACAUGGCAGCAGCAAGCAGUCUCCUCUCUGAAGACCAGUUUCUGUGCUCCAUCUGUCUGGAUGUGUUUACUAAUCCAGUCACCAUACCAUGCGGACACAACUUCUGCAAGAGCUGCAUCACUGAGCACUGGAACACUAAUGUCCAGUGUGAGUGUCCCUUGUGUAAAGAGCAAUGUGAGAAAAAACCUGACCUGCGGGUCAACACUGUUUUAUCAGAGAUGGCUGCUCAGUUCAAGCAGUCAGUUCUACAGGAAACCAGCAGCAGCAGCUCAGAGGAGCAACGCACCAACAUAGGAGAAGUUCUCUGUGAUUUCUGCACUGAGACCAAACUGAGGGCCCUGAAGUCCUGCCUGGAUUGUCUGGUCUCCUAUUGUGAGACUCACCUAGAGCCUCAUCAGAGACUCCCGGCCCUGAAAAGACACAGGCUGAUCAAUCCUGUGGAGAACCUGGAAGAAAGGAUGUGUAAGAAGCACGAGAGACCUCUGGAGAAUUUCUGUAAAACCGACCAGGUUUGUGUGUGUUGGUUCUGUACUGAGUCAGAACACAAGUUUCAUUGCAUUAUUUCUCUCCAAGAAGAAUACAAAGAAAAGAAAGCUGAGCUCGAAAAAACAGAGGCUGAAGUUCAGAAGAUGAUCCAGGAGAAGCAACAGAAGAUAGAGGAGAUCAAACAAUCUGUGAAGCUCAGCAAGGAAGAAGCAGACCAAGAGACAGCAACAAGUGUGGAGGUCUACACCACUCUGAUCCAGUCUGUUGAGAGAAGUCUGGCUCAGCUCCUUGACAUGAUUGAAGAGAAGCAAAAGACAACAGAGAAACAGGCUGAAGGUUUCAUUAAGGAGCUGGAGGAGGAAAUCUCUGAGCUGACCAAGAGAAGCACUGAGCUGAAGCAACUCUCACAAAACGAGGACCACCUCCAGUUCGUCCAAAAGUUCAUGUCUUUGAAAACUGCUCUACCCACCAAAGACUGGACAAAGGUCAGCAUUCACUCCUCAUAUGAGACGAUCCUGAGGACAUCGCUGGCUCAGCUGGUGGAGACACUCAGCACAAAGUUGAGGGGGCUUUGUGCAGAUACUGGAAUACAGAAGGACAAACAGUACUCAGUGGACGUGACUCUUGAUCGUAAUACGGCACAUCCUAAACUCAUCCUUUCUCGAGAUGGGAAGCAAGUUUAUCAUGGGGAUGUUUGUCAGAAUGUCCAAGACAGUCCAAAGAGAAUAACCCAAUAUUUUGGUGUGUUAGGAAAGCAGAGUUUUUCCUCAGGCAGGUAUUAUUAUGAGGUUGAUGUUGGUGGGAAGACAGAAUGGGUUUUGGGAGUGGCUCGUGAGUCUAUUGACAGGAAGAUCCCUUUUCGCUUUUCUCCUCAAAAUGGCUACUGGACAGUGAGCUUGAGGGAUGGAUGGGAGUAUAAAGCUCUCGUUGACCUGGACCUAAUUAAUUUGUGUUUGAGUUCAAAUCCUCAGAGGGUGGGUGUGUUUGUAGAUUACGACGCCGGUCUGGUCUGCUUUUAUGACGUAGAUGCUUCCACUCUCAUCUUCUCCUUUACUGGCUGUAACUUCACAGAGAAACUCUACCCCAUUUUCAGUCCCAGAAAUAAUAACAGUGGUACCAACUCCACGCCACUGAUCAUCAGUCCAGUCCAUAAAACAAAUUAGACAAUUUGCAUCUCAGACCCCAUCUAUGUCUGGCAAUGAUAAAGCUUGUGCUAGUGAUGGUGCAGCAAGUGGUUAGCGAUAGGACUUCCUUUAACCGUGCGCUGCAUUGUUUACAGUCUGCAAUCUUAGACUGAGUGACAUUGUGUUCAGAUUAAAAGAGAAGAGAAAUCCACCUUUCUGUACAGGUCUGCAAAGUAAAUACUGUCAUUUCUUGGUUCAUUACAUCCCCCAGAGGAGGGUCUGUUCAACUGUUUUUCGUGGAGUCUCAGUUUCACUGUAAAUAGUAAGAUAUACACACAGGCUUCACUCUGGCUUCCUUCUGCUGUAUGGACCUGAAACAGAAACCAACGUUCUUGUAAUUAAGGUCUUAAGUUUGCUGAUAUAACAUCAUGAUGCAGAUUAGUACAACGUCAAAAGUCAAGCUUUGUCAGGUCUGUCCUCAAGAGGAGAAGAGAGCUCCUUUGAACUCUGUCAUUGAAUGGAAGUGGGAUCCAUUCAUCCAAAACUUGUAACUGUAACAUCUUCAAAACUAAUGAGCUAUUACAAAAGGAAUCCUCUGUACAGCGUUUGAAUCAAGAAGCUAUUAGACCUGAAUUGUUUUUUGAACCGUCCAUGAACGUAAUGUUUAUUUCUGCUCUAAAGAUCAGCUUUUUAGAAUAAGUGUGUAUGUUUCUUCUGGGGCUUUUGGAGCCAGCCUCAAGAGGACACUUGAGGAACUGCAGCUCUUAGCACCUCUGCCACCAGAGUCUGGACUUCUGUGUGGGCAAAUCUUUGAAAACAUUGAAAAAACAUUGAGAUAAAAACAUACACCAAAAACAAACGCAAGAAAGUAUGAUAACUGAACAGUAAUAAUGAGAAGGUUUGUACAUAUAUUUUUUUUGUUUUUACAUGUAAUGACUUCCAUUUUUUGGAGUAGGUGUUGUGAUUGGUUGAUGAGUAUGAGUGAUGUAACACAAAUAUCAUUACAACAUGUAGCAUUAAAUUAAGUGAAAUAAACUGAGUGCUGUUUUUUUAA